AUGAAGAAAGCAGAGAUGAAAGAAGCAAAGAUGAAAGGAGUGAUGAAGGAAGCAGAGGAAAGCAGAGGAAAGCAGAGCAAAAGAGAGAGCAAAACAGAGAGCAAAACAGAGAGCAAAACAGAGAGCAAAACAGAGAGCAAAACAGAGAGCAAAACAGAGAGCAAAACAGAGAGCAAAACAGAGAGCAAAACAGAGAGCAAAACAGAGAGCAAAGCAGAGAUGAAAGAAGCAGAAAUAUUUGCAAACAGAAACGACGCGAAUGUGUUUGCUACCGUUGAAGAAGGAGAACCUGUUAAUAUGGCGAAUAACGCCCUAAAAGUUCGAAAACCUCGCCUCAUUGUCGGAUCACAUUUUGAUUAG